AUGGCCAUGAAUGUGGAAGGCAAGACAGCAAUCAUCACCGGAGCAGGCUCUGGCAUCAAUUUCUCCUUCGCAAAAAUCCUCCUCUCGAAAGGCUGCAACGUUGUCCUCGCAGACCUCGCCCUCCGUCCCGAAGCAGAGGCCCUGGUCUCACAAUACCCCUCCACUUCCCCCGGCGCAAAAGCCGUCUUCCAGAAGACAGAUGUAAUGGACUGGAUGCAGCUAGACAAGAUGUUCGAGGUAGCAAUCGCACAUUUCGGAGGCGCAGACAUCGUGUGUCCAGGAGCAGGAGUCUAUGAGCCACCAUGGUCCAACUUCUGGCAUCCACCAGGAGCUCCGCCAUCAAAGGACGAUCCCGCAGACUCGAGAUACGCCCUCAUCGACAUUAACAUAACGCACCCGAUCCGCGUAACCCAAAUAGCAAUCUCACACUUCCUCUCCCGCAAAAAGCCAGGCUGCAUACCACACAUCACAUCCAUCGCAGGUCAAAGCCCCUUCUUCCCGACGCCAGUCUACGUAGCCUCGAAACACGCACUCAACGGCUUCGUGCGCUCUUUAGCGCCCCUCGAAUACCCUCCCUCACCCCUCCCUAAGAUCCGCGUAAACGCUGUAGCGCCAGCGAGGAUCUUGACGCCGCUGUGGACGGAUAACCCGGACAAGAUGCAAAUGGUGGGGAAGGAACCUGGAUGGGUGACGCCGGAGGCUGUCGCGGAGGUUAUGUUGGGGCUGGUGGAGAAGGAGGAGUGGGUGGGGGGCACGAUUAUGGAGAUUGGGAAGACGGUUAGGGAGGUGAGAGCUUUUGAUGACCCAGGGCCGAGGGGGGGAGGGAAUAACGUGGGGAAUGAUGUGGGGUACCAGGAUGAGAUGUGGGAGAGUUUGAAGAGACAGUUUGAAGGGGCGUAG